GCACAAUACCAAUAGGCUACUUUCAAACAAAAAAACAAUAGGCUCAACCCGAGUCAUUUUAGGCUCAACCGGUAAGUUUAAUACUACAGGAGAAGAAUUUUCUUCUAUUGGCCGUCGUGAAGUAGAUCGGCGUGAAAUUUCCCGGCGACGAAUUCAACAUCCCAUCUAAGCUUGUAUUGCGUGCACCUAAACCAUCAAUUGCUCUGAUCGAUGAUCGCAGUAGAAUGGAUAGGCAUAUUCAGAUCUUCCUAAACAAGCUCUCCCUCGCCUGCUUCACCAUUGCCACGCUCAUCCUCCUCUUCCUCUUCCUCCGCAUUCCCAACACCUGCGUCCACAUCUCCGGCGGCCACCUCAAGCCCCACCACCGCUUCCCCAAAUCCACAUGCGACUUCACCCCCCGAGCCCUCACCUCCGUCGAUAAACGCAACCGCCGCCUCUGGUCCACCAAUGCCUGGAUCCAAACUGUCCGCUCUUACACGGAUCUAUUCCAGCUCCUCCGAGACAAGCGCCUCUUCUCCGUCCAUUCUCGGGCCCCUCGUUGUUUCCGCGGGCCCCGGCCACGCUGUCAUGGCGUUGAACGAUCUCGGAUUGAGCGAUGUCACCGGAAUCGAGCUUGUUGACUCGCCGCCUCUAGUGAGCCGGGCGGAUCCUCACAACCUACCAUUCUUCGACGAUGCGUUCGAUUUCGGGUUCAGUCCGUAUUUGGACCGGGCCCUGUUCCCGGCCCGGUACGCGGCUGAGAUGGAGCGGGUGGUCCGAGAUGGCGGCGCGUGUGUGGUGGCCGUGGAUGAAUGUGGGGAAGGGAAAAUUGAAUCGGUGGUUAGAUUAUUCAGCAAAUCAAAGUUCCUGGGCGCCAUGAACGUGACCUUGGGUGGGGAAAAGAGGACAAGGAUUGUGCUAAGAGUUAGAACUGAUUAAUUUUUUUGGCAUUAGGUUGUUCCUGGGGAAAUUCAAUCGCAGCUGUAAUUAUCAAUUCAUCCAGUGAUGUUGGAGUGUUUGGUUUUGAAAAAUUUACCAGAGGAGCAUGCAGGGAGUCUCUUCAUCUCAUUCAGUAAACAAUGGCCUGAUUGUAUCUUCAGUCCAAAGAAAAGACUUGAGAUUUUGUCUGAGAGGCAAAAUGCAGGUUGCUUUCUUUCAAUGUGGGAAUUUGUUCUUUGAACUUAUGAGCCAAGUCCAAACUAUGGGUUAUGUUUCUGUCUCUCUGGAAGAGUUGCUAUACCCAACUGCUAAUCUCUAUGAAAAUGGCUCGGAUUGGUUCGACAUUAUAUGACAGAAUGUGAAAGCCGAUCCUUUUGAGGGCUGCAAUCUCAGCUACAACACCAACUUCAGCACCAUACACUCUUCACAUGGUUCGUUCUUCGAAUGGUUCUUCCCUCUUCACGGGAAGGAUAAAGAUUGGAUAUGACUCAAGAGUAUAAUUUUUUAUAAAAGAUCAUUGAUGUUAGGUGGGUCAAGACAUUUUCAUAAUAAGGAAUUCUGAUGAGUAUAACAAGUCAUGAUAGUUGCAUUAUUAUUCAGAAUGACGUUCACUGUCACAAGUACCUGUGAGACAACCCCAUUACUUUCAAGUGCAUAAGCACUAAGCAGGCUCUAGUUUAGAUAAUUUGGACCCUGCCCAAUCAUAGAAACAAUGCUCUCUUAAUGUUCUGAUGGUUGAACAACAUGUGCCUGUGAUUUCUUCAUAUGGCACGUCAAGAGGCACUAGAUUUGAUAACACCCUUCUCUUGCAUUCUUGAGGUCUUUUAGUAUUUGAGCAAUCAGGCUUCGGUUGUGGUGCAAUUUGAGCUGCAUGUGAAAAUGUUGUGAUGAUAUGUGUUAGGAACAAACCUAAUAAUAAAAUAUGCAUCUUCAUGCUUGUUUUUCUUCCAUUUUUUAUUAAUACAUUUUGGCUUGGUACG